AUGGAGAGCUCAGCAGGGUUCAUGAUAGUCUUCGCCGUCUCCGGAAGCGUGGUGCUCCUUGCGGCUCAGUUACACAAACGUCUCCUCUCCCAUCACUUGGAGAAGCUUGAUAUGAAGAAUAAAGAGAAGAAGAAAAAGAAAAAGGUAAGUUUUGCAGAGGACGUGAUGGAGCCGUCAGGGAACAACAAAGAGUAUCGCAGGAGUAAUCGGAAAUCAAAAUUGGAGGAUGAACACAAGAUGGAAUACAUAAUAGAUAAGAAUAAAUGUCAGUAG